AUGACCUACGGCGACGGCGGCACGCACAUCCUGAUAUCCACCACGACCAACGGCACCUACUCCUUCGACACCGCGAGCUCCGCGUGGAGCAAGGCCGGCGACUGGGAGCUGCCCUUCCGCGGCCGCGCCGAGCACGUCCCCGAGCACGGCCUCUGGUUCGGCAUCUCCGACAUGGAUGGCACCAUUCUCGGAGCGUGGAAUCUGUCCUCCGCGUUCCAGCAGCCGCAGCCGCCGGUGGCGAGCCUCCAGGUGAAGGGGUUCUCGGUGGAGAGCCACAGCGACGACCGGAGGAGGAGGGAGUUGGAGGUGUACGCAUCGCAGGUCGUCCACCUGGGCGGCGGCAAGCUGUGCGUCGCCAAGAUGUUCAGUGUUGAUCGCAGAGAAAGGGGUGAAAUAAAUUUCGCCAUGCUCACCGGCGUGGAGGUGGUACGCGGCCGUGGCGGGAAGCUCCGCGUCGUCAAGCACAAGUCGCGCCGUUAUAACUUCGGCCAAGACUACACCCCUGAUUAUCCACUCUAACGAGUAGUACUAGUA